AUGUUCAUCCAGAAAGGCUCCGCUGCUGACGAGGAACUGGACAACAUGCUGAAGGACUGGUGGACAACUGAAUCCUUCGGAGCCAAGUAUGAAAGGUCAGUGUCACAGUCGAAAGAAGACCGUCGAGCGCAAGAGCUUCUAGAGUCAACAACCACCAAGUUAACCGGCAACCGCUACGAGACUGGCCUCCUCUGGAAGACCGACGACGACGCGCCGUUUCCAGACAGCAAGGUGAUGGCUACAAAGAGACUACACGGCACCGAGAGGCGUCUGGUAAACGAUCAAGAGAAAGCAGCAGCUUACCAGGCCACGAUCGAUGCAUAUGUAAAAAAGGGCCACGCCAGAAAGCUGUCCAGGGAGGAGGCACAGCUCCGGCUACCCAGACGCUGGUUCCUACCACACCAUGCCGUGACUAAUCCCAAUAAGCCAGGCCGCUUCAGGAUAGUCUUCGAUGCGGCAGCCAGAUCAUACGGAACAUCGCUGAAUGACAAGCUCCUGACCGGACCAGACCUGCUGAAGAACCUCACCGGCGUCCUGCUCCGUUUCCGAGAAGAAAAAGUCGGCAUGGUGGCAGACAUCCAAGAAAUGUACCACCAGGUCCGUGUCAUCGAGAAGGACCGACCUGCGCUCAGCUUCCUGUGGCGCGACCUGGAUCAAACUAGAGAACCAGACAUCUAUGAGAUGCAGGUGACCAUCUUCGGCGCCAAAUCGUCUCCAGCGUCUGCCAACUACGUCCUCCAAAGAACAGUCGCGGACCAUGGAGAAGACUGCGGGCUGCCAAAGAAGGCCGUGGAAACUGUGAAGAACAGCUUCUACAUGGACGACUUCUUACGAUCAGAAGAACAUGAAGAUGAUGCAUUGAAGACGACGAAGCAGGUGACAGAGACACUCUCCCGAGGCGGCUUCCAUCUAUCCAAGUGGGUAAGCAACUCGCGGCACGUCCUGGAGAGCAUUCCCCGAGAGAAGCGCGCCCAGCCGGAACUAGACCUCACAGAAGCGGAACUGCCCACACAAGGUGCCUUGGGAGUGGUCUGGGAUGCUGAAAAGGACAGUCUGAGCUUCAGAUUCCGAGACUCAAGCGUCCCGAUGACAAAGCGGGGAGUCCUCCAAAGGACUGCGUCGAUCUUCGAUCCUCUGGGGAUCGCCGCGCCCUUCGUCAUCAGAGCCAAAAUGUUCAUGCAGCAGCUCUGGACCAAGCAACUGGACUGGGACGACGAGCUGGAUCACAGCACGCAUCACUGCUCGUUCAUCAUGAGCAAGACACGAGUUGCACCGCUGAAGAGACUGUCGAUCGUCAGACUGGAGCUGCAGGCAGCAGUGCUCGCAGUGCGCUUGGUGGACGCGCUCCAAAAGGAGAUACCAGAUCAAGUCAAGAAGGUCACCUACUGGAGCGACAGCCGGGUCGUCCUGCAGUACAUCAGCAACGAGAGCAGACGAUUCCAUACAUUCGUCUCAAACAGAGUGGCAGAAAUCCACGACCUGUCAGACAAAGGUCAGUGGCGUCACUGCCCAGGACGACUCAACCCAGCCGAUCUGUGCUCCAGGGGUGAGACAGUGAAGGAGCUCGCCGACAACCCUCUCUGGCUAUCCGGCCCAGACUUCCUCCGAGGCGACGAAGAAGGGUGGCCAGAGCAGCUUCACGUUCAGAAGCUGGCUGAAGAAGACGUAGAAGUGAAAGUUGGAGCCUUCGCCACAGUCACGGUGAGGGAUCCAAAGGCAGCACUGCCGACACGGAGCAAAUUCUCGUCUUGGACAAAAUACAAGCGCACGGUGGCCUGGAUCCUGCGCUUCCUCCGCAACUCGAAGCUGAAAGGCGAGCAGAAGCGACAGCGAAACCUAGGCCCACUGACCGUGUCAGAGCUCCAUGACGCGGAGAAGACCAUCCUCCAGAUGGUGCAGGCGGAGGCCUACAGGACCGAGCUGCACCAGUUACAGGCGGGUCAGCAGCUCAACAAGAAGAGCGGCAUCGCCGACCUCUUCGUGGGGAUCGACUAUUUCGGGCCGCUCACAGUCAGGCGGUUCCGCAAGACGGAAAAAAGGUACGGCCUGCUGGUGACGUGUCUGGCCACGCGAGCCAUUCAUCUGGAAGUGUCCAACAGCCUGGAUACUGACAGCUUCCUGAUGGCCUUCCGACGGUUCGUGACACGCCGAGGUCGUCCAAAGAAGGUUUUCUCCGACAACGGAACAAACCUGAAAGGCGGUGAACGUGAACUCCGAGAGGCACUGACACAGUGGAACCAGCAGAAGAUCUCUGACGAGCUGAGCCAGCAGCAGAUCGAAUGGUGUUUCAACCCACCAGCCGCGAGCCACAUGGGCGGCAUAUGGGAAAGAAUGAUCGGCGCAGUCAAGAGAGCGCUAUCGGUCGUGCUCGGCGGCGAGGUGACAACAGACGAGGUGCUGUCAACUGUCUUCUGCGAAAUAGAGAGCAUGAUCAACAGCAGACCGCUGACACACGUCACAGACGAUCUCAAGCGGGAAGCCAGCAAGAUCGGCAUCCAGCUGGUCUCCAAACCGUCGCUGACCAUCGGAUCAUUGCUCUGCAGUAAAGCCAAGCACCACUUGCCGAAGCUGCAGGAGAGCAACGUGGUCUACAAGAUCGAGUGCUCCUGCCAAGUUGACGGUGAUCCUGUGGUCUACAUCGGCGAGACAGACCGUGAGCUGGGAACCAGACUAUGA